ACAAAUGUCAAUUUUACGGCCUAGUAUAUCACACACGUGUCAUAUAGAUGUAUUUGACCUGUGACAUAUAUGGCUCAACACACCGUCACCGUGCAGGAUGUUAUGAUAUUUUACAUAAAAUUUAACAAUAAGUUUUCCGAUAAUUUAGGCAAUCAUAUAUAUAUAAAUGCAAAAGUCAAUAAAAAUGUUAUUAUCAGUGGACGUAUAAAUUUUAACAGACGACAAAAAUUUAAACGGCGCAUAAAAUUAAACAUUCUUAGACAAAAUUGAAAGUGCGCUAGCUGAAUCUAGCACAGAUAAACGCAAAGAGGAAUAUUCGUUCUAUGUAAAUUUUCGAAAAUGACGUAUAUGUAAAUCAAAAUAAUUUUCAGAUGAUGAAAUGAAAAAGCUAAAUAGAUUUACCGCGCCCUUUGUUUUACAAGUAUAAACUGGUAACGUCACAUAACAAAGGAUAAUUGGGUUAAUAUUCCAAAUUAUAAAUAAGAUCUUCAUGUUUAAGAAAAUAUAUAGCUUCUGCAGUCAUAUUUUCUAUCGUACUUCAAACAGCAUCUGUUAGUUCAUGCAAUGGCAUUCCUUUACUGUGUCUCGUUUUUAUAUCCAAACGACUUUGGGGGAAAAGGGGUAUUCAACUGGAGCCGGAUUACCGAGUAAAUACAGAUUUGCGGUUUAAAGAUAUAGUGACAUAUACACAGCAAAAUAACUUAUACAUGCUGCAUAUGAAACUGCCACUUUGGAGGAAUUAAUUCCUGCAGGAGUAACCAGGAUUUUCUGGAAGGUUGUGUGAAUACAAGCUGGGAAUAGGUGCAGAAGGAUGUCCCCCACAGCUGCAGUGUAGGUGUCAACACAAGAAAGGUUAAGAAAAGAGUUUAACACUACGAUAAAAGCCGAGAAUAUACCGCAUGAUAGGACCUAUUCACCGUAGGUGGCAACACCUGUCAAAUCAUUUGGGAAGAUAACUCUGCGAAUGCUGCUGAUAUUGUACUGGGGAUGCUUCUAUCACCUGACUCAGGCUACAUGGUGGCGUGUCCAGGCAGAAGGUCUUCAGGCAGCCUACAACUCUGACGAGGGAGUCAAAACAUUCUGUGGGAAGUUGGACAGUCUGGCGUUCUUACCGACUGCUGACGUUGCCAAUGGUAUGGAAGUUCUACGCGAGGAAGCACCUGAGAACAUGACCUGUCUUGUCGAUUACUUUGAUGCUAAUUAUGUUAAUGGUAACUUCAGAUCUGUGGUGGCACCACAUGGAAACUUAAGACUACGCAAGACGUCUCCAAGAUUCUGCCCAACAGUAUGGAAUGUACAUGAAGCUACGCUUCAGGACAGAGACAGAACAAACAACCAGUGCGAGUCGUGGAACCAUAGUUUCAAACAUCUUGUAGGUCAUUCAAAUCCAUCACUCUGGACAGUAGUAAGCUGUUUGAAUAAGGAUGCAACAAUGGUUGAAGCCGACAUCUUGAGGUGUGAGCGUGGAGAACCGCCCAAGAAAAGAGUGAAGAAAUCAACAAAAGCACACCAGCAGAGACUGAAGACUCUUUGUCAACAGUAUGCCAAUGGCCAAAAGAAUAUUCAGGAAUUUCUUAAUGCUAUGGGACAAUUUAUUAGAAUUAACUAAGUGUUAUAUAACAGUUUAUAGUAAAGCAGACACAGGAAAAUGUGCUUUAGUUUACUUAAGAACUCUUGUGCUAAUGUUAUAAAUGAGAUAAUAAUGACAUGAAAUAACUGUUAUACUUGUUGUAUUUUAUUUAUUUUUUAGUGACCAAUUAAAAUGAAUAGAAACUGAUUUGUUGUCAUAGUUGUAUUGUACUGCUUAUCUUUCAUAUAUCUAUAUAUCUAUAAUGCUGGUUAUUAUAACUUUAUGAAAAUAGAAACCACACAAUUCCCCAAAGAGGGGAUUUCAAUCAGGGGGAUUUUGAUAGCCCUGUAAUUUUCAUGAAGGGGAUUAUGAUAGCCCUAACAUUUUUAUGAAGGGGAUUAUGAUAGCCCUGUAAAAAUCACAGAGGGGAUUAUGAUACCCCCUUCAAAAGUGUGAAGGGGAUUUUGUAACACCCUGUCAUUUUUCAGCGGAGGGGAUUUUGAUAUACACUCGAACAUUUUAGGGUCUAUCUCUACAAUUUAAUUCUUUGUUUUUUGGGGUUUUUUUUUGAUGGUGGGAUAAUACUUUUACCAGCAGAUAUAUGAUCAUUUCUUACAGAAUAUUUCUUCUGUAAAAAUAAGACAAAUCUAUGUAUGUUUCAUAAAAGUAGCAAUAACCACAGGAAAGAUAACUCUUGCAAAGCCUUGUUUCAGGAUUUCCAAAAAAUUGAAAUGCUUGUGUUCACUUUUCAUCUUACCAUGUUACAUAGAGGGUAUUUAAAAUACUGCAUGAUUUUCAAGAAUUAAAAGUGUGCCGAUUAGAAAUUAUACAAGUUGUUUUCCAAAAGUGAAAGUACAUUCAUUUGAAUGGGGCUAAGGCCUAAAAAAAAAAUUCUUUGUUUCCGUUAACAUGCUAAAAAAAAUUAGGGUAGGUAGGUCGGAAAAUUUUUUUUUUUGGAUUUUUUUUUUUAUACAUGUAUUUUUAAUUUUGGCUCGAUCAUGAUCUACACUGGUGGCAAAGGCAGAAUCAGUUGUGUCCAGCAUGAAAAGGGCUUAGCGCACAUAGUUUACUGGAAGUUAAAUCAUGAAUGUAAGAAAUGAAACUUAAAAUGGUAAACUCUUCCCAUGAAAUGUCUGACCUAGCUGAUAAUAAAUUUAUCAUAAUAAAAUCAUACUUGGGCCUCAAGAAUGUUAAAAACAAUUUGAAAUUCAGGUAAAAAUUAAUCAGAUGUUCAUUGACCUUUAACUUAAAUAAAGACAUUUCUGUGAAAUUCAUAAAAGUUUGUGGCAUUUUUAGGCCUAAAAAAAUUCUUUGUUCUGGUAACAUGCUGAAAAAAAAAUUAGGGUAGGUAGGUCGGAAUUUUUCUUUUUGAAUAUUUUUUCAUUAAGUGAGUCCAUCUGUCCAUCCGUCCGUCCGCAGCCAUCCUCAGUAACUAGCAGGUAGAAUUUCAUGAAACUAUUCAACUAGUAUUUAUUAUGGACCAUUUAAUAAGUAGGAACAUAGUAAGAUGUUGUUGUUGAAAAAAUAUUUGAAUUAGAAAUGUCCAUAGUUGUACGGGGAUGAGAAUGUCUCUCAGAGUUUAAUAUUCAGAAAUCGUAAGUUAACCAUUCAUUACAGUUUAUGUAUAACAGUUUUACUGAAAAGAUUAUUAAGAAUUAGGCUUAAAUGAUAAUUGUGGUUCAAGGUAAUUAAAAUUAUGAAUAUUUUAAAGUUAACCCUUUUUCUCAUUCUUUUCUAAAUUUUAUUUGGUAGAAUGCUUCCUACUUAAACAAGAAAAGUACUGAAUGGUUUUUUUUGUAGAUUUUUUUAGAAGUGUAUUGCAGCAUCAGAAAAUUAAUGACAACUUGUCUUUAAAAAUGAUAGUGUUUUGACAAUACCCCAUCAAAGAGGAAAUGACAAGAGCUCUUUGAAAAAAGGUGUGAUUUAAUGACAGGUCAUCAUAUGCUAUUGUCUUUGCACCAGAUUAGUGCAAAUAACCAAUCAAAAUGCCAUUACGUGUCAUGUGACUUGCAUAUUAUGCAUCCUUAUAAAUUCUUGUCUGUGGAUCCCGUGGUAGUGUUAACCAUAUUUUUAUGUUUUAACAUACAAACUGCACAAGAGUGAUUUGGAUUAUUUUAAAAGUUUUCAUUAACUAUAUUACAUAUAAAUAGUGAUGUGACACAUAAUGUCAAAGGUGUAAGCAUAACUGCUAUCAUGGAUCAUACUGAGUACUGUGACUUAGUGAACUUCUUAAAAUCUAAUGGUGCAAAGUUUCCAUCUCGUCUUGAAAAUAAAACAACAAAGUCAGAAAGAAACAAAAGACACUACUUCAAGUCUAAAUCAGAACAGUUCUUUCUUAAAGGUAUGAGAAUCUUAAAAUAUUUGUCCAUUAGACAGAUUUACCAUAUUUGAGAUUCCUUGCUGGUCUUUUAGGAAUUCCAGACGUUUCACCCCCAAGACUUUUCCUCCCCUAGACAUUUCACCCCCAAGACAUUUCCUCCCAAGACUUUUCACCCCCGAUUUUACAAACCCUAGACUUUUCACCCCUAAUUUUUAAUAUACUGAAAAUAUCGUGAAAUAUUUUGUUAUUUGAUAUUUAAAAUCUUUUUUAAAUAUUUUGUAUAGGUUGUUAGGGCAUUUAUGAAGAUAAUUUGUUACUUUACGGACCAUAAUUCUACAAAAUAUACACUGAAUUUAGGGUAUCAUAUAUGUAGUCAACUUAAUUGAUCUUUUUAAAUGUAAAUUUGUUGAGACUUUUUAAUGAUUAAUUUUGUUUUCUAUGUUAUUCAAAUGGAUUCAAGUUUUAAUUAUGUAAUAUAAUUAUGAAAAAUAUGAGUAGAUUUAGAUUACAAUAGUAGAUGUAAAUAUUAACUAGGGGUUAGAAUUAGAGGGUAUAUGUUUAUCCUUUAGUAUCAUAAUGAUAGCCCAAUUGUGAUAACAUGUAAUAUGGUUAUUUAUAA